UUUUUUCUCUUAAAUGAAAAUGUGAUCACAUACAGGAGGUUGUGAGGUUGAACAGUGGAAUAUGAGAUAUUUCAUGGAAGCUCUGAUUCAUUCGUUUUGAUUUGUUUCCACUUUACAUUGUGAUAUUGUCGUGCAAACGAAGGAGAAGCGAGCGUUAUGUAUCUAUAAGAUAUAUUUUAUUAAUUAAUAUGAAGGGCAACGAGCGAUCAGCAAUAAUUUAUGUUGCCACCGAUGAAAAACAACUAAAUAUUUCGUUUUUCGUCGGUGAGACUAUUGAAGAUUUAUGUAUCAAAAUAUGCAAACUCUUGAAGAUAAAUCCAUUGGCAAGACAUCUGUUUGCAUUGCAAAAUUAUUAUUCAAAACUGUGGUUUCCGUAUGGGUAUGAGUUCACAGGCAGAGAGAAGAAUAAAUUCGAGUUUCGCUUGAGGUUCAAACCAUAUAGCAUAAAGAAACUGAAACAGAUAGAUGAACAGGCUUAUAAUUAUUAUUUUCAGCAAGUUCGUGCAGAUAUAAUGAAUAAUAAAGUAUCUGAUAUUGUCUACGAAAAGCAUAAAGAUGAACUAAUUGGCUUGGGAGUUAGUGAUAUGUAUAGAGAAAUGCUCGAGAAACAAUUACCACGAGAAGUUGUAGAAUUAGAAUACAAGAAGUAUAUUCCCAAAGAAUGUAUUAAAAGGCAUGCUUUUUUUGUUAAGAAACCUAUUUAUAAUGCACUGGCAGGAAUAUCUAAAGAGCAGCUUGAUGCUUCAUAUGUUAAGCAGCAAUAUUUGCAGCAAUUUGAAAAUAUGGCACCAAAUUAUCUGUCUGAAGAAUAUAAAGUAAUCAUGAAUAAAAUUCCUAAUUCACCAACUCAAGUUUUACUUAGAGUUAACAGAGAGGGAUUAAAAUACAGCGAGACUGACAUUGAUGAUUGGAAAACACUUUGCACUAUAGAAGAUCUUUGUUUUAUUUCUAUAAGAGAGGAUAACACUGUGGAAAUUUCAAGAAAGACUGGCAUACCAUCAUAUUUAAAAUUUAAGGGACGUACAAAUAAGAUGUUAAUGUCUUUUGUAUCUGCGUUGGAUGGAUAUUAUCGUUUAUCCAUUAAGUGGACUUUCAAUCUUUGUACAAAUGUUGUCACACCUACUCUGACAAGAUUAUAUAAGUUAAAAUGCCAUGGUCCAGUUGGAAAAGAGUUUGCAUAUGCGAAACUCAGGGAAAAACGUGCCAAUAAACCAGGAACUUAUAUACUUCGAGAGAGUGAAACUGAAUACGAUGUUUACUAUAUAGAUGUUUGCAAUAUAGCUGGAAAACCACAAUCGGCAAAAGUGAAGCAGAUUGGACCAAACGAUUUUCGAUUAGAUUCAUGUACACAAAGCUAUACUUCUUUGGGCGACUUAAUUUCUUCACUGCAUGAUCCCAUCAGUUCAUGGUAUUUGGUAGAAUGCUUGCCACCUUCAGAAUAUGAUAUGUCACCGUUGUUAAUUUGCGCUUCGGAAAACAUUGCAAGCGAACUAGCAGCGAAUGAAGAAGUAAUCGCUUUAUUGAAAGGUGGACCGCGAUGUGUGUCGCAGAAUCAAUUGCAGAUAUGCAAAGCGUUCUGCAAAAACAAUAAAGAUUUAACUCCUACUAUAGCGACGACCGUACAUCGAGCGAUAUGGCAAAUCGCUAAAGACAAAAAACUCGAAAUUGUAAUGAAAAUACUCAGGAAUAGUAGUUAUACAAAAGAAUUUCUAGAGCUAACUGACAAAUGGGGCAAAUUACGAUCGGAAACUCUGAUCAGAUUAUACGGUAUAACUGUAGCUCCAUCAGUCGGGAUGUUAUUCGAAUUGGUAAAGUUAGGUCCAUUAGACGAGUAUUUGCGCAGUAACUCUCAAGUUAUAUCAGGACACGAUAUGGUCGAAGCUUCCACCAGUCUGGCAACAGCCUUAUGGCACUUGGAGGAGAAUCAUAUAGUUCAUGGAAGGAUAAGAUGUGCAAGUGUUUUUGUACAUGAACAUACAGAUAAUAGAUUCACUGUUAAGUUGGGGGAUCCUGGUCUUUUCACUUACAGUGACACCGACCUACCUUGGAUACCACCAGAAUUUUACUCGGAUUUAGCAUCUGCAAAAAAAAGCUUUCAAGCAGAUAUAUGGGCACUGGCUACAACCAUGUGGGAGAUAUUCUCCAAAGGAAUUUCCCUAAUCGCACAUACUAAUAUUGAUAUGGUCAAGGAGAUUUUUAAGGAGAGAAAGUAUUUACCGCGACCUAUUAAUUGCCCUAAUGCAAUCUAUACUUUGAUGAAGGAAUGUUGGAAUGAAAAAAACACAAGGAAACAACCUCAGGCCUUGGCGCGAGAUAUGAAUCAAAUUAUGUACGCAACAUAUAAUCGGUGUCGUCCUUAUGCUACACCAUAUCCUAAAGUAUUUGAUGUUGAUGAAACAACGAUUAAAAAAUUAUACUUUGAUGUUGAGGAAAUAACAUUAAAAAAAAAAUUCUUUGAUGUUGAUGAAAACAACGAUUUAGAGGAGAAAAAAUUGAACAAUGAAUCGUGCGAGAGCAGUUUGACUGACACUGAUUGCACGAACGUAACUUUGAAGGAUAAUAACGAUAAUAAAUCUGAUGGCAAUUUAGUCUUUGAUCACAUAAACUUAACACACGAUGAUAAUGAUGAAGAAGCUGAUGGCAGUUCUUACUUAAUCUGCAAAAACUGUGGUGAUAAGAUGGUAUAUUUAAAAGAUAAUAAAAUACAGUGCUGUAAAAAGCAAUGCGAAGCGUGUCUCGGUCUGAUGGACGAUAUUUCCCAGAACAAAUGUUGGUUCGUGCAUAAAAAUUAUGCUAUAGGUUCAGGUUUCUAUGGUAAAGUAUUCAUAGGUACGCGUAUACAUGUUAAGACUAAGAACAUACAGCGGAUAGCCAUCAAAAUACCGAACAAAAUACCGAGCAAAGACGAAAUAUAUGAAAAUGAAAAUACGAAUCCAUAUAAGUGCUUUGUGAAAGACUUUAAAAGAGAAUUUAACAUUAUGAAGACUCUCGAGCAUCCAAACAUUGUGCAAAUUCUAGGCUGUAUAUGGGAAUACAAAUGUCUGAUCAUGGAAUUUGUCGAGUUUGGUUCGUUGCUAAAACUUUUACACGAUCAAAGGAAAUACUAUAAUAAUGUAUCGAAGAUCACACGAAAAUUGCUAUUUUACGCAUUAGAUAUUGCAACUGGUAUGGAUUAUCUUAGUUCCAAGAAUAUUGUUCAUCGGGACUUAGCAGCGAGAAACAUCCUGGUGGCUAGCGAAACUCAAGUGAAGAUCAGUGACUUCGGUCUUGCACAAGAAAAAGAGAACGAUUAUUAUAAACUCAAGACGCCCUCCCGCCAUCUUCCAAUGAGAUGGUAUGCACUAGAGAGCAUGAAGGAGAAUUUAUUCUCAUCACACACGGACGUAUGGUCGUUUGGCGUGACGAUGUACGAGAUCUUCAGUCUCGGUCAGCAACCGAAUCUGAAGGUUAAUGUUACGGAUAAUCUACAGGCUGUUAAGAUAGGUACACUUUAUGGCGACAAUUUAAAUGAUCUGAUAAAAGCGCUGGAACACGGCAUUCGCCUUCCUUGUCCGGACGGACUUGCGCUAGAAGUGUAUAGGCAGAUAAUAUAUCCAUGUUGGAAUAAAGACAGUCAUGAAAGGCCGUCAUUCUCUACUCUGUGCCAACGCAUUCAGGAACUGUUACAGAAUUAUUAAAAAACAUUUUCAUGGC